ACUCUGUCGCUGAACUUCAUGUAAGAAGAUAAUGACCAAGAUGAGGAGCAAAGACCUGCUGACGACAUAUUGUAAUUUGGGGGAAUGAUUUGAAAAGAAAUGCUUUUACUCACCUCAUACCAAAAAUAGUGGAUUAAAUGACUAACCACCAGAUGUAGAGCCUUGGAGCCAAGUUUGGUUUGCCCAGCCCUAGUAACUGCUAGGCUUAUGUAUAUAUGAUAAGGGCAGUUGGAAGAUUAAGAACAACUUAUGAAGUAACUGGAUGAGGAGAAGGAAAAAAAAAAAGAUUUUUUAAAACGGAUAUGUGUAAAUUGGAGAAAGAUUGCCUGAAGUGGAAUCACCGUGGCUGUGAGUAGCAACGUCCAAAGAAAAUUGAGCUGUCCUGGUUUCAGUUGUGCACGUAUGAAUGCAGGCAGCCGCCUUUCCGAUGUGUAAUUUCUUGCACUGAUGAAGAAAAACUGCUGAAGUCAUGAGGCUGCUCCAAGCAGAGCCCUCAUGUGAGUCAUAUGAACGCUCCAGCAUUGCUGACCUCUGGCAAAAAGGGAGUGAACAAGGACGGGAGAUGCAGAGGGAGAGAGGUUCAAGUGCCGGGUUUUCUCCUUGAACCUAGAAGAUUAUGGGUCAAGAGCUGUGUGCAAAGACUCUGCAGCCUGGAUGCAGCUGCCAUGGCUGUUGGGAGGGAGACGAUGCACACAGCCGUCAGAGGAGUGCUCCGGUGAUGAUGGAGGCUGCGAUCAAGCUAACAGACCUAAAAGAAGCAUCAUGUUCCAUGACUUCAUUUCACCCCAGGGGACUUCAGGCUGUCCGUGCCCGGAAGUUCAAGAGUAAAAGGCCACCGAGUAACAGCGAUUCUUUUCAGGAAGAGGAUCUGAGUCAGGGCUUUCAGUGGAGGAAGAGCCUCCGCUUUGGGGCAGCCUCAUCUUACUUGAACUUGGAGAAGCUGGGUGAAGGUUCUUACGCUACAGUUUACAAGGGGAUUAGCCGGAUAAAUGGACAACUAGUGGCUUUAAAAAUCAUCAGCAUGAAUGCAGAGGAAGGAGUCCCAUUUACAGCCAUCCGGGAAGCUUCUCUCCUGAAGGGUUUGAAACAUGCCAAUAUUGUGCUGCUCCAUGACAUUAUCCACACCAAAGAGACACUGACAUUCGUUUUUGAAUACAUGCACACAGACCUGGCUCAGUAUAUGUCUCAGCAUCCAGGAGGGCUUCAUCCUCACAAUGUCAGGCUUUUCAUGUUUCAACUUUUGCGGGGCCUGGCGUAUAUCCACCACCAACACGUUCUCCACAGGGACCUGAAACCUCAGAACUUACUCAUCAGUCACCUGGGAGAGCUCAAACUGGCUGAUUUUGGUCUUGCUCGGGCCAAGUCCAUUCCCAGCCAGACAUACUCUUCAGAAGUUGUGACUCUCUGGUACCGCCCUCCUGAUGCUUUGCUGGGAGCCACUGAAUAUUCCUCUGAACUGGACAUAUGGGGUGCAGGCUGCAUCUUCAUUGAAAUGUUCCAGGGUCAACCCUUGUUUCCUGGGGUUUCCAACAUCCUUGAACAGCUGGAGAAGAUCUGGGAGGUGCUGGGAGUCCCUACGGAGGAUAACUGGCCUGGAGUUUCCAAGCUACCUAACUACAAUCCAGAAUGGUUCCCACUGCUUAAGCCUCAGAGCCUUCAGAAUGUCUGCAACCGGUUAGGCAGGGCUCCGGAAGCUGAAGACCUGGCCUCCCAAAUGCUGAAAGGCUUUCCAAGAGACCGUGUCUCCGCCCAGGAAGCACUGGUUCACAAUUAUUUCAGGGCCCUGCCUGCUCAGCUGCACCAACUUCCUGAGGUGGAGUCUUUAUUUACAGUUUCAGGAGUGAGGCUAAAGCCAGAAAUGUGUGACCUUUUGGCCUCCUACCGGAAAGGUCACCACCUAGCCGGGUUUAGCAAAUGCUGGUGAAAAGAAAGGGCGGGAUCGCCAAGAUUUUCCAGGGCUACUGUAUUGCUGUUUCCAUUUUAAUUUGCUUCCACUUACUAAGAAGCUUCAAAUCUAACUCCACACUGGGCCAAGUGUUUUAUACCAUCACCUGUGAUGUGGAAUAUUUUAAAUAUGAUGUCCAA